CCCCUUUAGCCAGUAUGCGAGCAGGAAGGUCAAAGGCAAAGAGAAAGUUAAUAAUGCCUGCUAAUGGUGCUAACAAUUCAGGAUGAAUCUUGUCAAAAGUUUUUUCUGGAAGUGUGGGUCUUUGAUUGUGUUUCCCGAAAGCAAGACCAAUCAUUUCCGUUUAUUCACUGGCUAAACCCCUACUUGAUUGGGGACAAGGACAGAAACCAUCCAUUACGAUCUGAUAUAUUAUCCAAACAAUUUAGUGUAUUCAUGAGGUAACUGAAACGUGGGGGCUGCGAAAUUACCCGUAAUCAAUUGCAACAGCGAGUGUGCGUCCCCCGGGUGUCGGACAACCACAACUCGGCGGUCUCAGUAACAGGCGGAGCCGCAGCGUUUUUGGAGUUGCGCUGUUCGCUACCUGAUCGCCAGGCUGGGGACACUGGACGUGCUCAGAGAAGGCGAGCGCUGACGAGGCGGCCUCGCUACUGCUCCGCCGGGAUCCUGGACCAGACCUGCCGCCUGUCGUACUAGCGCGUCACUCUCCUGUCGCCGCUGACCCUCCGCGGCCGCCGAAGCCACCCCGCGGGGACAUUCAUUCUCGCGGGCGACGGAGCUUAGGGGCUGCGUUGUAGGGGUUUUGUCCCCUUCUGCCUCUUUUUUUCCUCCCCCUCCCCCUUUUCUUCUUUUCUGUGUUGUUUUGCCUAUGUUCGGGAAACCAGACAAAAUGGACGUCCGGUGCCACUCGGACACCGAGGCCGCCAGGGUCUCGAAGAACGCUCACAAGGAGAGCCGGGAGAUCAAGGGCGCCGAGGGGAGCCUUCCGGCCGCCUUCCUCAAGGAGCCGCAGGGCGCCUUUUCGGCGUCUGGCGCUUCGGAAGAUUGUAACAAAAGUAAAUCCAAUUCCUCCGCAGACCCGGAUUACUGUCGCCGGAUCCUAGUCCGAGAUGCCAAAGGGUCUAUCCGAGAAAUCAUCCUGCCCAAGGGCUUGGACCUGGACCGGCCCAAGAGGACACGCACGUCCUUCACGGCGGAGCAGCUCUACCGGCUGGAGAUGGAGUUCCAGCGUUGCCAAUAUGUGGUGGGCCGGGAGAGAACCGAGUUGGCCCGGCAGCUGAAUCUGUCCGAGACCCAGGUGAAGGUCUGGUUCCAGAAUCGGCGAACCAAGCAGAAGAAGGACCAGGGCAAGGACUCCGAGCUGCGCUCGGUGGUGUCAGAGACCGCCGCCACGUGCAGCGUGCUGCGGCUGUUGGAGCAGGGCCGCCUGCUGUCGCCGCCCGGCCUGCCUGCCCUGCUACCUCCCUGUGCUACCGGCGCUCUCGGGUCGGCGUUGCGCGGGCCCAGCCUCCCGGCCCUGAGUGCUGGCGCUGCGGCGGGCUCGGCCGCUGCUGCCGCCGCCGCCGCCGCCGCUACUGCCCCAGGCCCCGCAGGCGCAGCGUCUCAGCACCCGCCUGCCGUGGGCGGCGCUCCCGGCCCAGGGCCUGCGGGGCCCGGGGGACUGCACGCGGGAGCACCCGCUGCCAGCCACGGUCUCUUCAGCCUGCCGGUGCCGUCGCUGCUAGGCUCUGUUGCAAGCCGCCUUUCCUCGGCCCCGUUGACGAUGGCUGGUUCGCUAGCCGGGAAUUUGCAAGAACUUUCAGCCCGGUACCUGAGUUCCUCGGCCUUCGAGCCUUACUCCCGGACCAACAAUAAAGAAGGGGCCGAGAAAAAAGCGCUGGACUGAUUUUCAGUGUUACCCUGUAUUUAUAUUUAUAACAUCUAUUGUGGUGGUAUUUAUGGACUCGCGCGCGCGUUAGGCGCCCAGUGCUCCUGCGCUGGCCUUCCUGCCCCCCCUAGGCCUCUGACUGC